UUUACUUUGAUUGUUUAGAGCCUCGGCUCUAAACGGAUCGCACCCUUUUUAGAAUGAUCUACGGUUCCUAUGCUUCUUUUAAAUAUUUUUUAACUUCAUAUAUUUUAUUUAUAUUCAUUUGCUUUUUUUCUUUCUCUUGUUUUUUAUUUUAAGUUUGACGAAGUAACUGAGCCGAGUCACCGACUCGACCAAUUCUACCUAGAACCUAAUAAUGGCCUCCUUGUAUACAACUCCUGUACUGUGAUCAUGUGUGUUUUCUAAAAUUUGCUUUAUUAUUGUUUAGAAUAUUUUGUUGAAUUUCCUUGGAAGCAUCUUAUAGAUCUUUAGAGAGAGGAGAGAUUUUCAUCCAAUCCCUUUAAAGAGCUAGAGCCCCUGCUCAGCGCACACAACCAGCAAUGCAUAUCUCCGAUCUGAUCAAGAAAACCCCAACUCCCCACCUAAUCAAAACCCUAAAAAACCAGAAAUCCUCCCCAAAUUGGACACCCCAACUCAUAACCCAAACCCUAAAAUCUCUCUGGAACGAUGGCCCCAAAGCAUUCCUCCUCUUCACCCAUCUCUCCAAAACCCAUCAAUCCCUAACCCUGGAAUCCUUCGACCUCAUCAUCGACAUUCUCGGACGAAUGCGCGAUUUCAAGAAACUAUGGAGCCUGGUCUCUGAAAUGCCGAGACAUGGCCUCCAUCCCUCUCAUAAAACCUUUGCCAUAAUCAUGGAGCGAUAUGUAUCAGCUGGAAAAGCAGAUAGAGCCAUCAGGGCCUUCUCUUUGAUGCAAAUCCAUGGUUGCCCACCAAAUUUGCAGGCAUUCAACACCUUACUAGACAUUCUGUGCAAGUCCAAGAGAGUAGAGAGAGCCCAGGAAUUGUUCAGAGCUCUUAGACACAGGUUCAAGCCUGACACCAUAACAUAUAACAUCCUCGCAGAUGGUUGGUGCAUUGUGAGGAAAACCCAAAUGGCAGUUAGGGUUUUUAGAGAGAUGGUGGAGUUGGAUCUCUCUCCUUCUCUCUCUACCUACAACAUUUUGCUCAAGGGCUUCUUUAGAACAGGUGAGUUGACCUCAGCAUGGUCUUUCUUUGUAGAGAUGAAAAAGAGAGGCUGUGUACCUGAUGCAAUAACAUACACCACUCUGGUUCAUGGCUUUGGCAUGGCUGGGGACUUAGACAAGGCCUGCAAAAUAUUUGAAGGGGUGAAAGAGAAAGGGUGCUUGCCCAAUGUGGCAACAUACAAUGCCAUGAUCAUGGUGUUGUGCAAGAAAGGGCCCCUAGAAAGGGCAAAAUUGAUAUUUUCAGAAAUGGAAAACAAGGGCUAUGAACCCAAUUUGACAACCUACAAUUUGCUUAUAAGGGCAUUUAGCCAUGAUGGGAGGGACAUGGAGGGGGCUCUAGGGCUUUUAGAGAGGAUGAGAGAGAAAGGGUGCACCCCAAGUGUCCAAACCCACAAUAUUUUGAUGAGGAGUUUUUGUGAGAUAGGUGAGGUGGAGAGGGCUUUUGAGGUAUGGGAGAGAAUGGAAGGGGAGGGGUGUUUUGGUAAUUUGGACUCUUACAAUGUCAUGUUGAGUGCAUUGUGUGUGAAUGAGAGGAGAGAGGAGUUUUUGAGGGCUGGAAAAAUGGUGGUGGAGAUGGUAGAGAGAGGUCAUGUUCCUCAACGGCUAGUUUUCACACGUGUGGUGAAUGGGCUUCUUCUCACUGGUAAUCAAGGUUUUGCCAAGGAGCUUUUAAGGGUUCAAAGCCAAUGCAAAAGACUUUGUAGAGAGAUUAGGCUUUGAUAACAGAUUCUGGGCUUCUUCUCUCUUUCCUUUCCUUUUGGUUGUUUCCUCAUUGAACUACCCAACUCAAAAAAUAAAAUAAAAAACACCUUCCAAAUUCAUAUUAAGUGAGAAAAAUUUUGACCAAGGAAAAAUGCUCUCAUGUUUUGAGGCUGAGAAGAUGUCUCAUGUGACCAGACAUGUGUCUGGAUAUGUGUCUAUAGUUGUUAGCAUGUGUUGAUGCACUCAAGAUAUGAUAUGACACUUCAAGAACUUCCCAUUGUUUA